UCGCUGAUAUUGUUUUGUUUUGACACUCAAUUUCAAUUGGAAAUAAUUUGUUCGGUUAAUUGGUUAAUUAAUUCUGAUCCCGCUCCUGCUACCACCUGUAUCUGUUGGCCAGGUGACACCGCUCGCGUCGACGAUGCCCUUAUUCAGAUAGUAAUGGCCCGCAUCACAAGUAUCCUGGACUUGGAGCCCAGUUGCCUGCUCUUCAUUUUCAAGCUUCUGAGCUUGGAGGAUCAACUGCACCUGGCUCGGUGCUGUCGCCUCUUUCGGGACGCCUUCCUCCACCUGCAUCGACACCAUUUCCAACAUGUCAUCGACAGGGACACGAAUCUGCGGACUCUGGAGGACUGGCACACAUUCCUUUGGCUGUGCGGUGCUCGCAUCCGCAGCCUGCAGUCCUACUUCGAUGAUGACCAUCCUCUGCAACUGUUGCCGCUGAUCAGCAGACACUGCUACCGGCUGGAGAGGAUCUCGAUUCAUAAUGCCACGGUGGCCCGAGCACAGCCGUAUCUGCUGCGGAUGAGUUCGUUGAGAAGUGUUCAUGUGCGCAACUACAAAAGCACCAGCAAGGAUCUGGUGAGAGCAAUAAGGAUUCACCUGCCGCAGGUGACCUCACUGAGCCUGGAGAGCUUCGAUCGAAGGGAAUUACAAGAAGUUCGUCACUUUAGCGAGCUUGUCGAGUUGGGUCUGUACGAUGAAGUCACGACUUCAGAGUUCGCUUUAAUAGUAAAAAAUAUGAGAAAUCUGCGUACUCUGCAGCUGGGCAAUGCCAAGCGCUUUCUAGUUUCCAGUAACCUCCGAAUGUUGGCCUCCAAUUGCCGCCAGCUGGAGAAACUGUCCUUCCAAGACUGCGAUGCCGAUCUUCUAGUCCUGCCGCAAUUCUCGAACCUCAGGUACCUGCAAAUAUACUGCCCGGAGGAACUAAAGACGCGCUUUUUCAAAGCCUUGGCCAGGAGUCAGUGCUCCACCCAGCUGGAGUAUCUUAUACUUCAUCGCAAGCGCUGGAUCAGCGAGGAGCAGGCCCAACACAUCAGUGCCUUAAGGUCGCUCAGGUGGCUUGUUUGCAAGCCACGGGAUGACCUGUGUGUUCGUCACUUGGCCGAGCUCCGGCACCUGGAAUGCCUUUCCGUACAGGCAGCCAGGGAAAUAGGUGAGUUUCAGUUGUCGCUGCUGGUGGCCAACAAUGAGCAGCUGCGGUAUCUGAACAUAUGCUACUGCCUGGGCAUCACAGACGCCUUUAUCCUGGACACGCUUGGGAGUCUGGGCAGGCGGGCAGUCCACCAGCCAAUGGAGUUGUUUGCCGCAGCCACCGACAUCAGGCACGAUAUUAUGGAGAGGCUGCCAUCAGAGUAUCCUCGGAAAAUGCUUUGUCUGAACUUUGAGUGCAGCGAGGGAAUGACCAGCGGCGAUCACUUUUAUGCUGACGAACCGGAAUUCGAUCGCCAAGCUGUAUGAGCCUUGCUUGUUCGUUUGUUUAACAACGAAUGUGACUCUUUUUCAUCAUUACCAAAAAAAUCCAACUAUUGUAAUACUUCUUUAUAUUCAGCUUUAUUCGUUAUUAAUAUCACUCUGAGUGAUGUAUGUUUUUUGUUAUUGCACAACGAUUGUAUUCACCUUGAGUAUUUAAUUAAGUCUUUUAUUCAUAUUUAAUAUACAUAAAUGUAUGUAUUAAAUUCUCUUUAAAAUCAA